GUGGCACAGAGCUCGUCCUGAUCCCCGGGGUGGCACAGAGCUCACCCUGAGCCCCGGGGUGGCACAGAGCUCGCCCUGAGCCCCGGCACAUCGCUCACUCUGCCCAGCAUGGCACGGCGCUCGCCCUGAGCCCAUCACGUCGCUUGCCCGGCCCGGCCAUGGCUCUGCGGCGGCUGCUGCAGCCCAGCCUCAGCUCCGGCCCCGCGGACGACAGGAGGAUGCAGCACUUGGCCAGCACGGUGGGGACGCUGCCCCGCGGGCGCAGGCAGCUCGCCUUGGCCAGAUCCAGCUCCUGGGACGACUCCUCCAAGCCACAGAGGCACCUCGUGGCGAUCCUGAAAGAAGAUAAAGAGACCUUUGGGUUUGAAAUCCAGACUAUUAGGUUCUCACACCAGAAUGAUUUCUCCCUGGAGGUGUGCACGUGUGUCUGCAGAAUCCAGGAGGACAGCCCUGCCCACCUCUCCGGCCUUCAGACUGGGGACAUCCUCACCAGCAUCAACGGCGUGAGCACCGAGGGCUUCGCUCACAAGCAAAUCGUGGACUUGAUCAAGUCUUCAGGGAACUAUUUGAGGUUAGAGACCAUCAACGGGGCCUUGCUCCUGAGGAAAAUGGAGCUGGAGACCAAGCUGCAGGCUCUCAAGCAGGCGCUGCACCAGCGGUGGGGGGAGCUGCGGGCGCUGCUGGCCCGGGAGCGGCUCCUGCUGCACGGGGACGUGACCGACGGCGCUGUGCCGGGCUGGCUGGAGGCGGCAGAGCCCGGCUCGCCCGGACCCCUCCUGCCCGCCGAGCCGCGCCUCGCCAGCGACAGCAGCUCCCGCAGCCGCCUCAGCUCCGUGACGCUGGGCAGCGAGGACAGCUUCUGCCCGGGCAGCGCCUUCGAGGAGGCGGCUGCGGAGAGCCGCAGCCGGCAGGGCAGCACGGACGAUGAGUGCGUGUUCGCCAGGCCCGCUGCGGCCCGCGGCUCCCUGCGCAGGAACCGCAGCGUCAGCCUGGCCAGCAGCGGCCCCGCGUCCCCGCCCGGCGGCGGCGGCGGCUCCUGCGGCGGCUUCGGCACCCUGCCGCGGAGCGGCCGCCGGGCCAGCGUCCGCAGGCACCUGCUCAGGCUCGUGCCGGGCUUCCACCGGGCCCUGCGGGAGGAGGAGAGCCGCGUGUGAUGUCGCCGUGCCACCCCACGGCCGAGGCUGGGCACGCCGCGCUGGCACCGGGGCACUGCCCGGACAGCAGCGCUGAUGAGAGUCACACGGCUCUGGCGUCUUAACUGUUUGCAUUUUCAACCAGAGCACGCUGCGGACCUCUUCAUCAACGUGAAAAAUGAGUGACUCCAGAGUGUGAAGAACCUUUGCAGAACUUCCUCGGCGAACUUUACUGUUAAUAGCAGUUUUUAAUUGAAUGCGAAAUUGAUAGCUAUUUAUUUCCUGUUACCAGAGUCGGUGCCUUCCAAAGGACUUUAAUAAAAUGAAUGCUUCUACUAAACCCAGUUGCAGAGUCCCGUUGGGAGGAGCACGGAGCCUGGAGUGUGAGGCAGAGGGAGCCUGGGCAGGGUGUUCUGGAAUGAAGCUGUCCUGCCAGGUUUGCAGGCAGAAGGAGCCUGGGCAGGGUGCUCUGGAAUGAAGCUGUCCUGCCAGGUUUGCAGCCAUUGUACAAACAGUGUGACGACCCAGUGCUGGUUUGGUCUGAGCAGCUGCAGCCUCUGCCAGGUGCUGAUAUCCCCUGUCUUGCCAAGUGUCCCAUUCCAGGGGAUGUGGAGUGGCAAGGACCCUCCUGAGCACACAGGUGUCCCCAGGCUGCUCUGCAGAGCCUGAGGGGUGUCUGUGACACUGCCCGGAGCAGCUCUGUGUGUCCUGCAGGGCUGACCUCCCUAGGCAAGAGAGAAGAAAGGCAGAGGGCUGUCCUGCAGGGAUGAGCAGCACUGCUCUGCUCUGGCAGGGGGGUGACACCCAGGGACGCCCCUGCAGCGCCUGCUGGGGACCCUGCCCAGCAGUGCCCGGGGCUGAGGAGCUGCCCGUGGUCCCAUGCUCUCAGCACUCCACACCUGCUCACAUUUAUUUCCCCAGAAGCUUCAGGCAAUAAGGAUCACUGAGAGCACGUGUGAAGUGGGUUCAAUAACCAUGGGCACGGAUGUGAAGAAAAAGAGAGUUUUUGCCCUCCUUCUCAGUACAUAGGAAAGGCUGUUUGUUCAGCCUGAGCAGCCUAAUGACAUUUUUCAAAUACAACUGGAAGCAUUUUAAAUAUAAUUCAAGGCCCCUGUGUGCCUCACUCCCUGUUGCCCGGGCAGCCUGUGCAGUUGUACCCUCAGGUACUGCUCUGCUGGGGUUUUCUGGGCUUCUCAGAGACCACAGGCUAAAUCCAACAGCUUCCCUGCCAGAGGAGCUCCACACAAAAACAGCCUGCUCCCAAAACUUCUCCGAUUCAUGAUCACAGCUGAGACAGAAGAGUCACUACUGGCCUCCGUCAUUUCUGUGGGAAGGAUUAAGUAGCUGGAAAUAUGGCACAGCUCUGGGAAAGA